UCAGGCUAUUCAGCCCUUCAGCUUUGAGCCUUCUGCACAGGCGCAUAUCCGGCUUUGGAGCUAGACUUGGAAAUCGUCGAAUAAUAUACUUCCUGAGGCCAGAACAGCAGAAGUCGUCGGCCAAUAAUCGCGGAAUACUCCCGGAAGCUGGAACAGCAUAAUCGUCGAACAAUGUGUUAUCUAUGCGAUGUCUGGCUGUUGACAGGAAAUAAGAGGGGAAAACUGCAAAGAUAACCUACUGCAGUGGGUUCCAGAAGGUUGAUGCUCUUGCUGUUGAUAGUUUAAGAAAUUUGGAAGGCGUAUAGAAAAACUAUUGCAAUUCGAACUUUCUAAUGGAGGACAUACCUAGAGUAGAGGAUGAAUUGUCUGAUUUGACCUCAGAAAAUGAUUCUCAGAAGAAGCAAGAGACCUUGGAGGAGAUGCUUAGUAGGCACAGGAACGAGAUUUCCAGGCUGCAAGACAAGGAAACCGCAAUGAAAAAGGUAGCUGCAAAAGGCAGCAAGGCAGAGCAGAGAGCUAAGAAGAAACAGGUGGACGAAGAGAUAUCCAAACUCUCUGCCGAACUCAAAGACAUGCACAACCGUGAGCUCGCUUCUUUAGGGUUUAAUAAUGGUAAUAACACCAACGACCAGGACAGUAAAGGAGAUCUAAACAACUUAGUCAAUGCGAUAGCAGGCAUAUCAGUGCACAUGGCCCAUUCUGACCAUUCAAAGCCCAGUAAGAGCGUCAAGAAGCGUGAAAAAAGAGCCCAACAAGAAGCAG